UGUGUCCGGGCACUUGGCUUUGGUCCUAAAGCUUUCUGAUUCAAUUUUCUUUCUUUGACUUUUCUCGACAUUCCUACAAUCAAACUCUGCUCUCCUCUCACCCUUCGCACACCUUACAGUAGUUGGAAAGAAUAUAAGAGAUAAAGCACACUUUAGAUUUCAUUCCUCUCAUCAUUCCCCCUCUCUCACAAUUAUUUUCUCUCAUUUUCCUUUCUUUUCUCCUCUCGAAAUCCUUAUCUAAUGCUAUUGGGUGCCUCCUUGAGUUCACUGGAUCGUAGCAGCUUCGCUUUUUAGAGCUCUAUUAUCUGCUAAGGAUUUCAAGAGAGAAGAAAUCAGGAAUCGAGAAACCAUCAAUUCUUAAGACUUUCCACCUCAAAUUCAGUUAUGAUGGGGUGCAAAUCUAGCAAAACGAAAGGAGGUGUUGUAGAAGUAUCUUCCCAAGGCAGGAUCGAUUCUGGGACUGAAUCAGACUGGAGCUCCUACGAGGCUGCUUGUAGACAUGAUUCAACUUUGCAGCAAUUUGAUGCGACCCUCCAUCAACGCACCAACGAUGUCAUUGGCACACUGGCUACUAAUAUGGGUGUUCAAGCUUUAUCUUUUGACUCACUCAAAGAGGUCACUGGAUGUGUUUUUGAAACCAACCAAGAAGUGGUGAAAAUCAUCUUAGAAUGUCAGAGAGAUAUAUGGAACAAUCCAGACUUGUUUUCUUUGGUUGAGGAAUACUUCGACAACACUAAAAAGACUUUAGAAUUCUGCACUGCUCUUCAGAAUUGCCUCAAGCGUGCUCGAAACAACCAGUUAAUCAUUCAGUUGGCUGUUAAGAAUUUCGAGGAAGAGGUGGGUUUACAAGUUGGGGAUGAUGAGAGGAAAUUUGUGAAGACCUUAGAAGAACUAAGGAAAUUUAAAGCAGCUGAGGAGCCAUUCACUAAGGAGUUCUUUAUACUGUUUGAUUCAGUCCGUAGGCAGCAGGAAUUAAUGCUACAGAAAUUGCUAUCUCGGAAGAGAGAGCUCGAUAAGAAAAUGAAAUCUCUGAAAACAUGGAGGAGGGUGUCGAAUGUAUUGUUUGUAGCCACUUUUGUUUCAGUGUUGCUUUUCUCCGUGGUGGCAGCAGCCAUAGCUGCACCUCCUGUUGUCACAGCUUUGGCGGGUGCAAUGGCAGUUCCUAUUGGUUCGGUUGGAAAAUGGUGCAACUGGCUUUGGAAGCGCUAUGAGAACGAGCUGCAAGGGCAGAAGGAGUUAAUAAUCGGAAUGGAGAUCGGUUCCCGCAUUACAAUCUAUGACAUGGAAAACAUAAAAGUGCUGAUUAGCCGGUUGGAAAUUGAGAUGGAAUCUUUAUUGCAUAAUGCUGAUUUUGCAGUUAGAGAAGAAGAUGCAGUGAAGCUUGCAAUCAAUGAGAUCAAGGGAAAAUUAGAAGCAUUUAUGAAAACCAUUGAGGAAUUGGGUCGACAGGCCGAAAAUUGUAGCCGUGAUAUUAGGAUGGGGAGGACGGUAGUUUUGCAGAAGAUGAUGAAACGUUCUGGGAAUUCAUCAACGGGUGACAGCCCGUGGGAAGUGUAGCAAUGAGGUAAAUUUCAGUGUGUUAAUGUUGUAAUAAUUUUAUGCUGUAUUCAAGGUAAUGAAGUUGCUCCACUGGAUUUGAUCUUAUACGUAUAACAAUUACAUUGUUCAAUUUUA